AUGUUUUCUGCCAAUACGAUGGCGACGGUGUUCUCCGUUUGUAUUUUUAUGAGUCUCGUCUACUUUUUCUCUUUGGCGACUUGUUUAAAGAGCACCACAGGACAAACAAGGAAGGAUGAAAGGAUUUAUCCGGAAAAUUUUACGCGGAUUUUAGACCGACUUUUGGAUGGUUAUGACAACAGACUCAGACCUGGAUUUGGAGGUCCCGUCACUGAGGUCAAGACAGACAUUUAUGUGACAAGUUUUGGUCCUGUCUCAGAUGUUGAAAUGGAAUACACAAUGGAUGUGUUUUUUCGCCAGACGUGGGUGGACCGCAGAUUGAUUUAUGAGGGCCCCAUUGAGAUUUUAAGGCUGAACAACUUGAUGGUGACCAAAGUUUGGACACCAGACACUUUCUUCAGGAACGGCAAGAAGUCAGUGGCCCACAACAUGACAGCACCCAACAAACUGUUCCGUAUCAUGAAGAAUGGGACUAUACUAUACACCAUGAGAUUGACAAUUAGUGCAGAAUGUCCCAUGAAGCUUGUGGAUUUCCCCAUGGAUGGACAUGCGUGCCCCCUCAAGUUUGGGAGCUAUGCCUAUCCAAAAACAGAGAUGAUCUAUACUUGGACCAAAGGGCCCGAGCACUCAGUGGAGGUCCCUCCUGAGUCAUCUAGCUUGGUUCAGUAUGAUCUCAUCGGCCAGACGGUCUCCAGUGAAACCAUUAAAUCCAUCACAGGUGAAUAUGUGGUGAUGACGGUCUUCUUCCACUUGAAACGGAAAAUGGGCUACUUCAUGAUUCAGACAUAUAUCCCCUGCAUAAUGACAGUAAUCCUCUCCCAAGUGUCCUUCUGGAUAAAUAAAGAGUCGGUUCCGGCGCGCACAGUUUUUGGCAUCACCACCGUGCUGACCAUGACGACGCUCAGCAUCAGCGCUCGCCACUCCCUCCCCAAAGUGUCGUAUGCCACUGCUAUGGAUUGGUUUAUCGCGGUCUGCUUCGCCUUCGUCUUCUCUGCCCUCAUUGAGUUUGCCGCUGUCAACUACUUCACCAAUGCGGAGAACGAGCGGGCCAAAAAGAAGCCGGGCAAAUGCCCUCCUGUUCCCCAAAGCACGCCAGUCAAGGUCAAAGACACAGAAGAAGUGCUGCAGCAAAAUCCGGACACAAAUGGUAACCUGAGGAAGCGGAUGAAUUACAUUUCUCACCAAGACAUGAAUCACCAGAAAGCCCAAUCCACGAGCAACAUUUCAGGAGUGGGUAGGCCUCGACCGCUUAGACCUUUGAACAGUAGCGUCAACGGCAGCUCCUCCACCCUCUCCCGCUCCAGUCCCAAAUCCGAGAGCGUGCUCAGUGUGAAUUCCUCGUCUGAAGACAAACAGCUUGUGAAAAACACGCCUCAGGCUGCGGCUUCCACACCAGACGUGACGGCGGUGACGCCGUGCGGGCAAAACACCGCCUCCGCUUCCCUGCAGCAUCUGCUGGGGCCCAAAUUGGAGCGCCUCCAGAUGAUGGGCAACAAAGUGGAGCUAAAACAGACUCCGUGCUCCCAGCCCACCACUGCCGGGAUGGGCGGAACCAGCAAAAUCGACAAGUAUGCUCGGAUCCUCUUCCCAGUGUCCUUUGGGGCAUUUAACAUGGUGUACUGGGUGGUUUACUUAUCCAAGGACACCAUGGUGGCUAAGGGAGGCUAA